CAGCCAGCCGGGCCCCGCGCCGGGCGCUCCCCCGGCCCUGCGCCCGCCCGCGCGCUCCCGCAUGGGCGUCUGCUCGCCCUGCACGCGGCCGCGGCGCCACCCCGAACUCAGACCGGGGCCUGGACUAUCGGGCUGGGAGCAGAGCGAGGUCUAGGAAGCGACCAGCGACCCGCGGAGGAGGAGGAGGAGGAGGCUUCCAUCACGUCAUUGCAGGAUGUUCCGGAGGCUUUCCCUGUCCUUGUUCCUGGUGGCCGUGCUGGUGAGGGUGGCGGAGGCCCGGAAGAACCGGCCGGCGGGCGCCAUCCCCUCGCCCUACAAGGACGGCAGCAGCAACAACUCGGAGAGAUGGCAGCACCAGAUCAAGGAGGUGCUGGCCUCCAGCCAGGAGGCGCUGGUGGUCACCGAGCGCAAGUACCUCAAGAGUGACUGGUGCAAGACGCAGCCGCUGCGGCAGACGGUGAGCGAGGAGGGCUGCCGCAGCCGCACCAUCCUCAACCGCUUCUGCUACGGCCAGUGCAACUCCUUCUACAUCCCGCGGCACGUGAAGAAGGAGGAGGAGUCCUUCCAGUCCUGCGCCUUCUGCAAGCCCCAGCGCGUCACCUCCGUCCUCGUGGAGCUCGAGUGCCCCGGCCUGGACCCGCCCUUCCGACUCAAAAAAAUCCAGAAGGUGAAGCAGUGCCGGUGCAUGUCCGUGAACCUGAGCGACUCGGACAAGCAGUGAGCGCGGGGCGCAGCUCCGCACCGCACGCGCCCGGCCGCUGGGUCGCGCCACCGCCGCCGCCGCCCGUCCCCGAGCCCGCACGCGCGCUGCCUGGCGCCCCACCCCCGGCGGCAAGCACGUCUCCUGGGGCUGACGGUGUCCUUGUCCGGAGCGGGGGCCCACCGCCAGUGGAGCUUUGCUGGUGCGUCCCCGACCGCCCCCGGGCCCCGCCAGUGACUCCGGCCCGCAAGAAAAGGCUGGAAAGCCGCCACCGCCCGCCACCCGGCCGUCGGAGGGGGCCUUUCAGGUCGUGCACUGUCGUCGAUCUGGCAGUGAUGUUUCCACCGUGUGGAAAAGCGAGGAUUUCCCCGGCCUGCCCCUACACUGCGGCUCGCCCCGCUCCAGGUGAGGCGGAGGGCGAAGGAGGCGUCGCUCUGCGGGGCUGUCCCCAAACCUCUCCCGCGGGUCCCCGGACCUGGGCUCGGCGCGCUCCCGCCCCCUCCGUGAUCCGCGGGCCGCCCUGGGCCGCUGCUGUCACGCGGCUGUGGACAAGUCGCACGAAGAUGUCCAUGGACAGGGGGUCUCUUCGCAAACCCCAUGCCAAGAAGACAACUUGAGCCACUUGGAUCCCGAAGUGGGCUUCCCUGGGGACCUUGCUCACAGCAGGCCACACCCUCCCCCACCCUGAGCCACCAUCACCCCUUCUGCCUCACUUCCCUCCCCCCCUGGACUGAAGAUGAACUCCGGUGUGCAUGCUAUUACCGCUGCAGUUAGAAUAUUAUCACACACGAAAAGGUCUCUGUAUUAACGCUGGUUUUAUAAUUGACCUAUAUUGUAAAGAGCUGUUUUUUUUUUUUUUUAAAGUAUUAUAGACCUAUCCAUAUAUUGUUCCACAUGUUUUGACUCUGGCUUUGCAGCACAGUUCUGAGUAAGGAGGACAGCAGGUGCUGGUCUGCCCAGACGGUGUUUUUACUCAGAAAUAAUGCCUGGUCAGCAGUUCACUGGCAUGCACCUAUUUUAGAUUGGGCAGGGAGAUGGGAGGAUUCGGAUUUGACUGACUAUUAUGUCGCAGAAGGUACUGAAGCGUUGCAGCACAAUGCAGAAAUCAGGUUGGGAGGGAGGGGAAUUGUUUGGGAAGUUGCUAACCCAAAACUCAAAAGCUUGCAUAUUGGGGAUGAGAAGGUACACUAUUUUCACUGCCAUCACACUCAGCAAAACAAUAGUUCCUGUUAAAAGAAAGAGGUAUUUAAUAUAAGGAGUCAGGUCACUCUGUGGUAUAUAGGAAGAAGAACGGGCUAAAGAAUAUGGAAUAGUAAUCUAGUUGAUCUGCCCUGCAGAAAACAACUCGCUUCCUUUUGCAAGUAUAGACUUUACCAAGGUCACCUUCCACUUUUAUAAGGGAUUGUUGGAGUUUCCAUGUUGUGGACUCCUGAUAUAAAGUAGAGAUAGUUUAAAAUUUUCCAGCAAAAUGAUGUUUUCUUUGGGUCCCUUUGCUAAAAUGUCCUAGGAAGGCUUCCCUGUGAGUAAUGGGUAUGGAAUCUGACUAAUGUGAAUGUGCUGCCCCUGGUGGGAGUGAGCAUGCUUUGCAAACUUGCAAACUUUUCACUGGUGACUCCCUAGCAAGUGCUCCUGCCAAGGGGCCGGUUCCCUAGUGUGUGAGAGAGACCCUCUCCAGGUGUCUCUGGGGACUGAAGCUUCCUGACACUAGGCAGUGGCAGUAGACGUAGAGACAUUCGCCUAGAGAGCACGCCUGGGCUUGGGUGUGUUGGUGAAUGUGUUUCAGGCCACUGCGCUGCAAGGCUCUUGCCUGUCACUUCUGUGACACCAGCCUGUGCCGUUGGAAAGCACUUGGCUUCAUAAA